GUUUUAACCUCAAAAUGAAAAUUUAUUUUUCGUGAUCUCUGAUCGUUGGAACUCAGUUCGAACCAAUAAUUUUGAAAAAUGUCUUUCAAUGCCGACUCUGAUUUGGAAACAAGAGUUCGUAAAACAACUGAAAGGAUUUCAGAGAACAUGCAUAUAGUAGCAAAUGAACCCUCACUGGCUUUCUAUAGACUACAAGAACAUGUUAGGAAAGCACUCAAUCCUAUGGUAGAUCGACGAGUAGAUGUCAACAAGUUACAUACUGAAUUACAAGGAAGAUGCUAUGAUAUGGAAUAUGCAAUAGGUGCACUGAGAUCAAUGGGUAAAGCAGAGGAGAGUUUCAAGAAUAUCCAAGACAAUCUGAAAAAUGCAAUAUUUUUGAAACAACAAUUGAAAUAUGAAGAAUCUCGUAGAAAAAAGGCAGACAACAAUUCAGUUUACAAACGUUUAUCUGCUCAUAUCACUUUAGACUUACCAGAAUUACCAGAGUUAUCUGAUGUUGUAAGAGAAACUGCCAAUAGAGUUGAACAUAUGAUGUCUAAAGCUACACAUUCUUCAUCAAAUAAUGGUUGAUGAUUAAUUCCUUCUGAUUUUUUGUGAUGUGUAUAUGAACUGUGAACCCAAAUAAAUUAUUAGUUCAAUUUCAUUAUUUUCUUCAAACAAAAUUUCAAUAUUG